GGAGAAGGCAGCUGCAGGAUCCUCACACAAGGAAUACAUGCGAGACAUCUCGUGGCUCUUACAAAACAACACAGGAUGAAGGAGAUAAUCUUCUUAUUGCUUCUCUCGCACUUGCAGAGUGGCAGCCUGGGAUCUGCUACCACUGGCAAGCCCUGGCCCAUGACUAGGGAUGGUGAGACCCAACCAAGCCACGCAGACUUGACUUCACCUCCUACUGCAACGCACAGCCUCAGAAACCUGGUGGCAACCCCCAUAUCCACCCCUUCUGAGAUCCAAACAGCUGCAGCAAGUACAUCAUGGGAACAUGCUGUGAAAAUCACCCCUGCGUUCACAGAAGAGGCUCAGGGAUUGAAAACCCUGCCAGGGACCGAGGAGAAGAAAACCUCCACCCCUACAACACAGUCCAGUGGAAACAGCAAUCGUGGUGGUGCUAAUGCUAAGCAAGGAGCCCUAUCCAACAGCACGGGGAGCUUUGCACAGAGCGCUCCUAGAAAGAUGCCUCCCCAACAAGGGGCUGUUAAAAGCCAGCAAAGAACAGGGAACAGAUCUCCCAGGCUGUCGUACUACAGCGCCGCCAGCACCAGCACUAAGAAGGAUGCUGACUUCAAAAAAUCCGGCUUUGAAACUACCCGGGGAAAGAACUGGUGUGCUUAUGUCCACACUAGACUCUCACCUACCGUCGUAGUGGACAACAUGGAAACCUUGACAUCAGGCAAAGCGAAGCCGUGUACCUGGACUACUGGAGCCUGUAGUGUGAGAUCCCAGACGAUGAUCCGCCAAGCCUACAGAAUCAAACAUAAAAUUGUAACAUCACUGGAGUGGAAGUGCUGUCCUGGGUACAGUGGAGAAAAGUGUCAACCCAAAGACCAACAACAUCAAUUGCUUAUACAUAGCAACCAAGCUGAGAGCAACACAGCUAUCAAUGCGGAAACAGGGGGAAACCAGCAGGACCCCAAUGACCCAGUUACACAAAAAAUGAAUGAACAGAUUAGCAGCCAGGAGAUGAAACUGACUUUUCUACAGAAGAAGGUUGACAACAUUUCUGCUACCAUGAGUGAUGUGAGCAAGACACUCUCCUCUCUGGAAGGCAAAAUCAAUGAAGAUAAGGGCAGAGAGUUCCAGUCUUUCCUAAAAGGUCUCAAGUCUAAAAGUAUCAAUGAACUAGUCAAAGACCUUAUCAGAGAGCAGUUUAAAGUCUACCAAAGUGACAUACAAGAGACAGUGGCCCAAAUUUUCAAGACUGUGUCUAGUUUAUCAGAGGAUCUUGAGAGCACAAAAGAAAUAGUCAAACAGCUGAAUGAGACCCAACAAAAGUAUGCCCAGGAGAAAGAAGACAGGCCAACGAAGAAUGAAAUCCUGGAGCUGAAGAAUGAUCUGGUGCAGAUGAAAGAGGAGAUGAGCCUUGCUUAUGACAAGCCCAUCAAAGAACUACAGGCAAAGCAGAAAUCCUUGGAAGUUGACUUGGAGCAUGAGCAGACAAGAAGCACCAUUUACUAUGAAUCUCUGAAUAAGACUCUUACAGAAAUGAAAGAGGUCCACGAGCAACUGUUAUCAGCUGAACGGAUGUCAGACCAAAAUGUCCCUCCAACAGAUACAGCAGUGAAUGAUAAUGUUACAGAAUAUAUUCUCACUCUACAUGAGAAAGUGAAGAAACAUGGCCUAAUGGUGCUGCAGCUGCAUGACGACUUAAGAGAACAAGAUAUGAAGAUCAGCAACCUCACUGUUACAUUAGAGAUUCAGAGAGAUUCUGUUCAUACAGAAUGUGAAGACAUAUUGUCAAAGUGCAGGAAUGAUUUCCAAACAAAGCUAAAGGGCACAGAAGAGAAUGUGCAUUUCUUAAACAAAACCCUAGCUGCUGUUGUCUUUCCAUUGGACAAUAAGAUGGACAAAAUGAAUGAGCAAAUUAAUGAUUUGUGUUAUGAUAUGGAGAUCCUCCAACCCUUGAUUGAGCAGGGACCACCGUUUAGUCUGACAGCAGAGUAUGAACAGCAAAUUGAAGUGGAAGCAAUCAGCAGGACAUUGGAAAAUCUAACCACUGUUGUUAAUAGUCUGAGUUCCACCGUCAAAGAACUUGUCAAAAGCCAGGAGGGACUUAAAAGUGAGGCUCAGACUCGAGAUGAAGUCUUUGACAGCCGUAUUAAUGAAUGCCUCAUGGACCUAGAAGAUGGCUUAAAUAAGACCAUGACCGUUUUAAACAAUGCUGUUGAUUCCAUUCAGGAUAACUACGUUCUGAAAGAUACUCUAAAUGUCCUGCAAAAUAAGACCGAGGCCUGCUGUGGUGGUGCUGAGAAGAUGGACAGCAUAUUGGCAUUUAUUCCCCAGUUCCAACUGUUGAAUGAGUCCCUUCAGACACUGGUCAAUGACAAGCAAAGGCACCAAUAUGCUUCAAAAGUAAUUCAGGACCUUUCCGAAUUUCCAUAUGAAGAGCAUGAGAAAAUAAGCCUCCCUGACCUCAGAAAAGUUUACCACAUUUUAAAUGAAACAUCAUCCAAAAUGGUUGAGCACCAACAAGACAUCAGUCACCUAGAAGAAAAGCUGUUACACUCUACAGAGGUAUCAAAAGAUCAAGAAGUUCGCCUGAAGAGUAUCGAGUCGAAUAUAACCAAGCUUUUGGUGAAUAAUUGUGUUUCACUAAAAAAAGGCAAAGUUGCUUCAACAGAACAAGAACAAAUGGUCUCUCCCAAGCUUCAGACACUGAGUUCCAGAGUCAAGGCACUGGAAGCAAAAUCUGUCCGUUUCUCAGUUAAUAUCCCCCGUUUAAACAAGACUGCUUAUGAGGCUUGGGGGCUGUGUCAGGAUGCCUCCGCCAGCAUUCGAAAAGUGAAUGCUAGUGUACCCCAGUUAAUUAAACUUGCUCAACCUGAUAUCCCACUGCUGCAGAGAGGCCUAAAAGAGCUCAUAGAGUCUGUGUUAGAAAUAAAAACAGGGACUAUCCUGUCUAAUUUGACCUGGUAUGUGGACAAAUCCAUGGCUGACGCUCUGAGCAAUAUUACCAAACUCCAGAAACAGAUGAAACAGGCUGUAAAGAAACCAGCUGUGGUGAAAAAAGGGACCGUGAAUGCCACCACAAGUCUGGCAGGCCGAAGUCAGAGAAACACAGACAACGCUAUAGAACCAGAUGAGUAUUUGGGCUGCACUACCUCCCCCUGCCAGAAUGGAGGAACCUGUAUCAAUGAAAAGCAGAGUUUUAUUUGUGCUUGUCGCCACCCCUUUGGAGGAGUCAACUGCAGUAUGAAGUUGGUAGACGAAAAUUCUGUGACUGUAGAUUUUUCCAAAGGAUCUUACAGAUAUGCACCUAUGGUGGCUUUCUUUGCCUCUCACACCUAUGGGAUGACGACUCCUGGCCCCAUCAGAUUUAAUAAUCUGGAUGUCAACUAUGGAUCUUCCUAUGUCCCAGCAAGUGGAAAGUUCCGUGUUCCAUAUCUUGGGGUGUAUGUUUUCGAGUACACCAUUGCAUCAUUCAGUCCUCGCGUCUCUGGCUAUUUAGUGGUUGAUGGAAUAGACAAGCUCGCUUUCCAGUCUGAAAAUGUCAACGGUAACAAGUACAUUGACAGGGUAAUAACUGGGCAUGCUUUACUGGAGUUAAACUACGGUCAAGAAGUCUGGCUCAGACUGGCAAGUGGCUCCAUCCCAGCCAAGUAUCCACCUGUCACUACAUUUACUGGUUACUUGUUGUACCGUACAUAAGUCAGCCAUAAAUGCAAAAUACUACCUUUGAAUGAAGCAGCCUGCAGAAUUAUUUAUCUGUACCUUGAAUUUCCACCUCUCCUGCAAGGUAAAUUCCAUUGCAUAACACAGAGUUUCUCUAAGAAAGAUACUCUCAUCCUGCAGGACAGAUGAAAUUUCACGGGCCUGAUUCUCCACAACCUUGUUCCUUGUAUAACCAUUUACACCUGUGACAAGAGAGUCCACAGGGACUGUAAGAUGAAAAAAUCACCAUCGUAAGUGAGUGGAGAAUUCUGAUCUGGUCAAGUUUUGUGCUCACCUUGAACGGGUAAGCGUGCUUUUACAAGGCAGUGGAGAAUCAGCCACCAGAUCUGGAUAUGGUGGGUCAAAUUUUGACCUGAUUUUCCCUGUGCAACCCGCUUCACUUCCGAGGUGUUGCAUAGGUUUUGCAGCUCAGAAUUUGGGCUCCUCUUUAGCUUAUUGCAUCAAGUGAAAACUAUGUAUAUUUUCUUUUUUGCCUUAUAUGAUUUGUGAAUA